UAAACGAACAACUUUGCAAUAAUUUAAUUGUAUUAUUCCCUUAGUUUACGUCCGAGUUCGCAAUUAUAUUCGAAUGGUCAAAUAGCUUAGUAGCAGAAACUAUACUCGUAAUAUAGUGUCAAAUCGCUUUAUAGUAGUGGUCGGUACAUUGAUAGAAAAUCGUUUCUUCGUGAAUCGUUUAUAUCCAUUGCUACGUUUCAGAGAAACCGCGCAUGAAAGAUCGUGUGAUUGUGUGUACAUACACGCAUACGGACGCUCAUUGGGAACGUUCGAACGCACACCACGAAAAGAGAAAUGCACACUUUCGAAGAGAAUAGAACCAACACGGGCGCAGAUUCUAUCCAUUGCUAUUCAAGAUGGAGAGAAAACGACGUAUGUGUCUCGUAAGGUGGUUGUAAACAAGAAAGUCGGACGACUCCAGACGACUCGUAGGAUCCUUCGUCGGAAGGAAAGACAACUGGCAUACGAGAUGGCGAAAUCCGUAUUGAGCUCGGACUCUCUUCCCAAAGCUGGUCGAGUAAACGAAGUUUGUCGGGAGUGGUUAGUCCACGAGGAUGGAGCACUCGCGUAUCGUCUGCAGGAUGAAGAAAUUAGAGAGCACUACACUGGCAAUAAAGUGCGUAAUGCUCAAGUGAGAGAAGAUCUACCGAAAGCCAAGGUGGAACAGGAAUUGGAAUCAUUGAGAUACCAAAACUAUGUGCAACAGCAGGAGGAAAAGGAUGCUCUGGUGGCUAAGCAAAUUGCUCUGGCUCUCGAACGAGAAGAAAGGCAAAAAGAAAGAGAAUUACAAGAGCAAAUGAGACUACAGUUGAGACUGGACGAUGAAGUAACACAAUUGGAACUUGAGAAACAUAUUCAAGAAGAAAAAGAUGAGGAACUAGCAAGGAAAUUGCAACAGGAGGAAGAGGAAAAUGCUGUAGACACUCAUGAUGGACCUGUCGAUGAACAGUUUCUUUCGGAUCAAAAAAUUGCGAUGGAAGCACAGGAUGCGGAACUCGCUCGGAUGCUUCAACAGAAAGAGCGGGCAAAGGCUAGGAAGGCCAGACAAAGGGCAAGGCAAAAAAAGCUAGAAAAGCAACUUCAGAAAGAGCUGGAGGACCAGAAUGUUACCGAAAAGCCUCAGAGGCCAGACAAGUUGGACUUGAAGAGCACAUCCGGUAAAAGUAGGAUGCAGCCUCAUCUAAACUAUCCGGAAUAUCCGGACCCCGAGGAAAUCCAAAUAUUGGACGACCCUAUAGAGAGCAUACGAGAAGUACCAAAUGUAGCUGCAAUUAUUGAUCCCACUUACAAUGGGAAUGUGCACCGGCAUACUUCUAGUAGUUCAAGCAGCACGGUCAGUCCUACAUACGCGUUACCUACACCACCGCAAGAGCUUAUGAAUGAAGAUAUUCCAUGCUAUAUGCCUAUACAAGGACAACGAAGAAAUCAAAUGCAGUCUCCUUCGCAAGUUCAUGAAGAGAAACACAAGCGUAGAGUGAAAGACGGCUGCAAACAACAGUAAAACGAUUUCAAGGUUCGAAUACCACAAGUACUUUUUGAUGAAAAACGUUUCGUUGCCAUGAAAACAUAAUCUUAGUUAUAUAUUGUAGAAGUCUAGAGCUUUCAAAAGGAAGCUCAAGUAUAGAAGAAUUUUGUCCCAUUAAAAGCGAUACUUUUUGAUAGCGUGAAGAUAAAUGUGCCUUCAAAAUAAGCAUACGGUGUAAAAUGAGAUCAACGAAUGUUUAAACGUCUAUUAAUAUUUGAAGUAAUACGUUGCACCGUCCUACAUCGUAGAUCUGCCUUAAAUCGUGUACAUUUGUAUUCCAUUUAAAUACGAUGAUAUUUCUACUGAUACGGUAUUUCCCCCGUAAUUGUGGAGAAAGUAUUGUACAUUGCACUAUGCCAAUAGAAAGAUUUUUAUGAGGAAAUAAAAAGGGCAUAGUGAAAUACACAAUAUAUCAGAAUUAAGGACGAAGUAAUCAAAUAAGCAAACAGAAAUGUACAAAAGAUUAACUAUUUAGACUGAAUUAUGAAACGAUUUAAUCAAGACAGGCUUUAAUUGAAUCUAGAUACACGCUCUCUUCGCAGGAAAUUUUUUAAGUAGAUUUAAUAUCAAGAUGUGUUUACUUUUUAGAGAGAAAUAUUCUCUUUUAAGUGCUUGAGGUGCAGCGCGAGAAAUAACUUACUGCCAAAGAUGACAUUAUUAGCGCUCACUUUGAACCCAAAUGAGUUUAAUUAUUAACAAAAUAAAAAGCAAAUGAAUUUUGAAUGGUGUGCUUUAACAAAGUGCUUGGCACUUGAUAACUUAAUAGCUUUUUAAUAAGUUGUUAAGAUUCAAAGAUGUAAUAAAGUAUAUUAUAUUAAUAAUCUCUGCAACAAUUUUCCAAUAUUUUUAAGUUUGAGAAGCAGAAUUUUUACGUUGUUUCUACUAAUCUACGAAAUGAUUAAUAUUCAGAACAAAUAUUAGAGCAUUUAAAUUUUAGUAUUAUUUAAAUAGCAGUUUAGUAUUUAAAAUAUAAACAUUAUAUUAUUUAUGGUGUUUGGAAAUGUAUUCGAUAGAAGUAGUAUUAUUUUUUACAUUUAUUAUAUGAAUACAUCUAUACAUGGGUAUAUUAAUAAAUUAUUUACAAAGCUAUAAUACACGUUAUCAUCAAAAACCCCAUACACAUAUUAAUAUAACGUACAACAGUAAAUUUAUUCCGUGGGUUUGUCUGUGUGUGAAAAAGAAAAAAAUUAUAAUGAUUAAUAUAAUGUAACAAAUAUAUUUGACGAAUAGUAUAUAAAAGUAAUCCUUAUGAUAUACAAGUACUAAUACUAGCUGCUCGUUCGACAUAAUUUUGUUUCAUUUUCUGUACAGCUGUCUACACGUUUCGAAAUUCUAUGGUAAGGAAAAUAAUAAAAUAAGUAUAAAGUGUA